AGCAAGAACAAAAACAAAACCAUCUGGCGUUUCUCGGUUUUUAAUCAAAUCAAACCCGAUUCAAAAACACCCAAAUUAUUCAGCCUCCUCGAUUACUAGUAUCCGUUGUCGACGCCUAAGAUCUCCCAGCCGUGGACUUUGGACAGCCGGUGAACUUUUCGUCCUUCCGAAAUUCGGAAAAUUUAAAUCCUCAAACAAAACCCUAGAUUUGCAGGUCGAAGCCUAACACGCAGGCAACUAAGUCCAGCCGCCGUCUCCCUUACCCUAUCACGCAUCCUCCUUGUCUCUGGUGUUUCAAAUUCAGACCAUCACCGGUUUUGUGUAGUCUUGGCAAACUCAUCUCCAGCUUCAUCCAGUGCGUUGACGGCUUCUCAAUAACUGAUUUACUAGAAUCAAGUCCGUGGCUGUUUCUUUGUAACAACUUCAAUCUUUCAGGUAGGAUCUCUAUCUAGUCUUUCCUCCUCGAUGGACCUUCUUCAAAAGUAUGCAGAUGAACAAGAGGAUGAAUUAGAUGAAACAGAAGAUCAGGGCCAAAACCCUAGCACAACAGCUGUAGAAUCACCAGAUUCAUCACCACCACGCCUCCUCCCAUCGAAAUCAUCCGCUCCUAAAGUUGAUGAUACCACACUUGCUCUAACUGUUGCCCAAGCUCGUCAGACCCAAUCCAGACCUAUUGACCCUACCCAGCAUGUUGUCAGUUACAAUCCCACCUACGAUCAACUUUGGGCGCCUAUAUAUGGUCCGGCACACCCCUAUGCCAAGGAUGGAAUUGCCCAAGGCAUGCGCAACCACAAGCUUGGUUUUGUGGAGGAUGCCUCCAUCGACUCCUUUGUUUUUGAUGAACAAUACAACACUUUCCACAAGUAUGGCUAUGCUGCUGACCCCACUGGCAAUAAUUAUAUAGGUGAUCUGGAUGUUUUGCAAAAAAAUGACGGUAUAUCAGUGUAUAACAUACCACAACAUGAGCAAAAGAAGCGAAAGCUGGAGAAGAAAAAGGAAACAAAGGAGAAUGAUGAUAUGAGUGUUGAUGUAGAUCAGGAAGAGCUUAAUAAUCCUUCGACUGACACUUGGCUGAUGAAGAACCGGAAGAGCCCUUGGGCAGGUAAGAAGGAGGAGGUCCAAACAGAGUUAACUGAAGAGCAAAAGAAAUAUGCAGAAGAGUAUGCAAAGAAGAAAGAAGAGAAAGGUAAUGCAGGUGAGAAAGGGGAGCCUGUGGUGGAUAAAACUACUUUUCAUGGCAAGGAAGAGAAGGACUAUCAGGGUCGGUCUUGGAUUGCACCUCCCAAAGAUGCGAAAGCAGCAAAUGAUCACUGUUAUAUACCAAAGAGAUUGGUGCAUACUUGGAGUGGGCAUACAAAGGGUGUUUCCGCAAUUCGGUUCUUCCCCAAAUAUGGACAUUUGAUUCUCUCUGCAGGGAUGGAUACUAAGGUAAAGAUUUGGGAUGUUUUUAAUUCAGGUAAGUGUAUGAGGACUUACAUGGGUCAUUCAAAGGCAGUUCGGGAUAUUUCAUUUUGUAACGAUGGGACUAAAUUUUUGACUGCUGGGUAUGAUAAAAAUAUUAAGUACUGGGAUACAGAAACUGGGCAAGUUAUAAGGACUUUCUCAACUGGGAAAAUUCCAUAUGUAGUGAAGCUUAAUCCUGAUGAUGAUAAGCAAAACAUUUUGUUGGCUGGUAUGAGUGAUAAGAAGAUUGUUCAGUGGGAUAUGAACACAAAAGAAAUAACGCAAGAGUAUGAUCAACACUUGGGGGCAGUGAAUACAAUUACUUUUGUAGAUAAUAACAGGAGGUUUGUUACUUCAAGUGAUGACAAGUCUCUUCGUGUAUGGGAAUUUGGGAUUCCUGUGGUCAUAAAGUAUAUUAGUGAGCCCCAUAUGCACUCUAUGCCAUCGAUUUCACUUCACCCCAAUGGCAAUUGGCUUGCAGCACAGAGUUUGGACAACCAAAUUCUAAUUUAUAGCACUAGGGAGAGAUUCCAGCUCAAUAAGAAGAAGAGGUUUGCUGGACACAUUGUGGCUGGGUAUGCAUGCCAAGUCAAUUUCUCACCAGAUGGAAGGUUUGUCAUGUCUGGAGAUGGUGAGGGUAAGUGCUGGUUUUGGGACUGGAAGAGUUGCAAAGUUUUCAGGACCCUUAAAUGUCACGAGGGAGUUUGCAUUGGGAGCGAGUGGCAUCCAUUGGAACAAAGUAAAGUGGCAACAUGUGGAUGGGAUGGCUUGAUCAAGUAUUGGGAUUAGGUUGAUUAUCAGCUUGAGGUCUAAAUAUGCUGAUAUCAUUGGAUGAAUCUGGUAAGACAUGAUCUAGCAUCCAAAUUUUAUACUGGAAAGUUGAAUACAGUAUGCAGUUCCAGCUGAAGGCUAAAUGUGCUUCUUAUUCGAGAAAAUGAAUGACAUAUGUAUGACAUCUUUUCACAGCGAUGCUGGACAAACCAUUCAGCUCUUGAGUUCAUUCAGUUGUAAUUUUCUUUUUGGAGGUUUGUAGUUUACACCCCCUUUUUUAAAUUGAUGUAUGACUGAGCUGUUUCAUUUCCAGUGUUGCUCAAUGUUUCACUCUAAAAUCUUUCUUAGCUGUGCAAGGAAAGGACUAGCCAAGUUUUCCCUUCUCUUCAACAGUACAUUGUUUGCGUUUAAAUUAACCUGGAUUUUUAUAUUGUGAAGCA